AGAGAGAGUUGAGAAAAAAGAGUUCUGCGCAGCAGCAGCUAAGACCUUGCUAACUAUGGAGAUUGGUGGAACGAGUUCUGAGGUCGGCGGAAGCGAUUAUCAGGUAUUCCUGAGCUUCAGGGGAACGGAUACCCGGCAGGGAUUCUCAGAUACCCUUUACCACUACCUGAAGGAUGCAGGGAUCACUGUCUUCAAAGACAGUGAAGAACAGCCGCUCGGCGAAAAGAUCCAGAAGAUCCUGGAUGCAAUCGAUUGUUCUUCGAUUUGCAUCCCCAUCUUCUCCAGAAACUACGCUUCGAGCAAGUGGUGCCUUCGAGAGCUCGCACGAAUGGUGGAACUGGACAAGAAAAUUAUUCCCGUCUUCUACGACGUGAUGCCUGACGACGUGACACUUCAAACAAAAUUGUACGCGGACGCUCUCGAGGAGCACAGUCGCAAGUUCAUGGUUGGCAAAGGACAGGAAUCGAGGGCCUAUGCGUGGGAAGAGUCCGCAUCCGAAGUGCCACAGUGGGAGGAAGCGUUGAGAAAGGUCGGAACGCUUGCCGGAUGGAACUUGCGUGAUACCGGCCAUGGCGAAUUUUGCAAUUCUGUCACUAAGGAAAUUGUGAUCAGAUUGAAUGUUAAGCAGAAGAUUGUGCCGGACCAUCUGGUGGGGAUGGAUGAUCAGGUCAAAGCAGUACUAGGCCUCUUAGAUGUCGAAGCUUAUGAUGUAAGAUAUGUGGGGAUUCAUGGAAUGGGAGGUAUUGGAAAGACAACCCUCGCCAAAGUUGUCUUCAAUGAGCUCUCUCCCCACUUUGAUGGAUGUAGCUUCCUUUCAGAUAUUCGGGAGUCGUGGAAGCAGGAUGGUGUCAAAUAUUUACAGAAACAACUGUUGAGUGAUCUUCAAGGUAAAGUGCUGCAAGAGAUUUCUGAUCACGACGAUGGGAUUUGGGCACUCAAAGCAAACAUGAGGAACAAAAAGAUUCUCCUGGUCUUGGAUGAUGUGGAAAAGACAGACCAAAUCGAUAAAUUAGCCGGGAACUCCAGCUGGUUUGGUACGGGAAGCAGGAUCAUUAUUACAACUCGAGAUAUAAGGGUUCUAGCAACUGAUGAAGUUAAAGCUUUCAAAAUGGAGGAAUUGGAUUCUACCCAGGCACUUAGGCUUUUCAGCAGACAUGCUUUCUGGAAUGACUUUCCUCCAUCGGAUUAUUUUGAUCUUUCGGAGGAAGCCAUCUCUGUUACUGGACAUCUCCCUUUGUGUCUGGAGAUCAUUGGGUCUUUUCUUCGUAGCAGAUGCAAGGAAGAGUGGGCAGACAAAAUAAAGGCACUGAAGAAAAUACCUCCUAAGAAUGUCCAACAGAAGUUGAUGAUAAGCUACGAAGCAUUAGAGUGCAGAGCGAAGCAAAUGUUUCUUGAUAUAGCGUGUUUUUUCGUCAACAGAGAGAAAACAAACGCCAUCUACAUGUGGGAAGCCUGCAAUUUUCAUCCAAGAGUUUCAUUAGAAGAACUUAUUUCCGCAUCCUUGGUGAAGAUUGCAGAUGGCAAUAAGCUCUGGAUGCAUGACGUUCUCAGAGAGCUUGGUAGAGAAAUUGUUCAAAAAGAGAAUUUCAAGGAUCCCGGAAGGCGCAGCAGAUUGUGGAUGCAUGAAGAGGCCUUAGGGACACUGGAAGGGGAAGAGGGUACGGAAGUAGUUCAGGCAAUGCGGAUGUCCAAUGAUGAGCAACUAACCGGGCAUUGUUUUGGAAAAGAAGCAUUUAAAGGUUUGAAAAACCUGAGGUUUCUCGAGUGGUACAGGUUGUCUUUUGAUGGAGAUUUCAGCCGACUCUUGAAGAGCUUAAGAUGGCUGUCUUGGCAUAGCUGUCCAGAAGAUUUUACAGCGACUAAUUUGAAUCUACAGAACCUAGUAAUCCUUGACCUGUCAUGGAGCGGCAUAAGUGAACAAUGGGAUGGAUGGAGCCGAAUCAAGAUGGGACAUCUGAAAGUUUUAGAUCUCACGGGUUGCAAAAACUUAACCAAAUCACCUGACUUCUCGAAGUACACUACUCUGGAGAGAUUAAUUCUUGCAGAUUGCGAAGCGCUUACAGAAAUUGACCGCUCCGUAGGCAAGUUGAAGAGGCUGAAGCACUUGAAUGUUAAGGGAUGUGAUUCGCUUCGAGGUUUGCCAGAAGAGUUGGGCUCUUUAGACGAUUUGGAAGAGAUUUUCGUGGGCGGAAAACGAAAAUCCUUCACCCUGCCAGAAAUUAUAGGUAAUCUGAAGUCCUUGAUCAUCCUCGAAAUAUUCAAUGUGCAAAUCACUAAUGGAUUACCGAGCUCCCUUUGCAGACUGAACAAUCUCAAACGACUUGCUUUAAUAGGAUGUUCUGGAAUAGAAAGAUUGCCAGAUUCAUUGGGAGAUCUAGAAUCGCUAAUUGAGUUGGACAUAUCGUAUUCAGCAAUUAGUGAAUUGCCAGAUUCCAUUGGAAAUCUGAGAGAGUUGAAAGUUAUGGUAAUGACUCAGAGUAAAAUAAGUACGUUACCAGGUACGAUCGGAAUGCUUAAGAAGCUUGAAGUGUUGCACGCAGGAGGAACUUUGUUAAUGGGAGCACUUCCGAGGGAGAUGGAGAGCUUGUCUCGUUUGAAAGUCCUAGACUUGUCAAAUACCAGAAUUCUUGAAUUGUUCUCCGUCAGUAAGCUUUCUCUCCUUCAGACACUUGAUCUCGAGAAGUGUCAUCAGCUGCGUGAAUUGCCAGAGCUUCCAAAAAGUUUAGUCAGUCUACAUGUGUCGUCUCGUUCGCUGCAGAAGCUACCAGAUCUUUCGGAAUUGCAUAACUUAGUUGAUCUGAAGCUUUAUGAUGCUAAUGAUGACUGGGCAUUGGGCUUAGUGCUUGCUAAGGUCGGGGCAUACCGCCUCAAUGAGUCAUUUUCCUUUGAUGCUUUGAUGAAUGCAGAUGGCGAAUGCUCCGACAACAUUGAGUGGGUCCAAAAGAUGUCUAACCUAGUAACCUUGGAGUUGAGCCUUAGGAAUUUCACCAACCUACCGACAGAUUUUCGUGCCUUGACUCGACUCAAGGCUCUUGAGUUGAGUUGCCCUCACAUGUCGAGCCCACCUCAGCUUCCCUUCACCUUGUCGCGGUUGAUCCUCGGGCAUCUUGUCGUCAAGCAGAACCUGCCGGAUCUGUCCCACCUAAACAACCUCUCGUAUUUGAGGUUCUACAACUGCCUAAUCGUAGAUGGAUUCUUUAGGAUAGGGAUUAAAGAGCUGCACUCAUUGAAUGCUCUCAUGAUAGACUGCUGCGAGAUUUACGACCUGUGCGGGUGUUGCCUGCCCGAGAAUUUGAGGAGCAUCUCAAUAUAUUGGUGCCACUCGCUCAGGUUAUUCAUAAUGCUGUCGAGCCUGAAGAAGUUGAAGCAUCUACACCUGUGGGAAUGUUCGAACCUUUGCAUGCUCCAAGGCCUCGGUGAAGUGGAAUCAUUGCAGUGGUUAGAGAUCAACGGGUGCCACACGCUGGAAAGGCUGGAGGAUCUAUCGAAGCUACAGAAGCUUGAGGUCCUCGAGGUAGAAGACUGCGAUAGCCUUGUGGAUGUCAAAGGCGAAGGCGGGAUCAAAGCCACGCAGGACCUGAUAGAUGAGAGACAGUUCGCUGAGACUCCUGGGGAGCUGAGGGUCAUCGGAGGACAUUCUCAACAUUCGCUUCAAAUCAGUACCCAGUCUUUGGAUAGUCUUAGAGAUCUUAGUCUCACAGAUAUCUAUAAAUUUUGGACAUGAAGUGCGAAUUUAGUAGGCCAGCUUGUAAUUAGAGAUUAGAUCUGGAAUUUUGUAUCAGCAUGCACAUGUUUUUUAUGUCCCUUGAUUUCAUCUUUUGUAUCUAAUUGAGGUAAUUUUUUUUAUGGAGGACAGGUUACGAUGUUUCCUCCUCUAUAUAAUGGACAAAGCGUUAAUCCA